AUGGCAAUGCAAGAUGACUUUGCAGCAGUGAAGUACCACCCUCCAUUUGCUGUCUACUGUGGGAGUGUUCCCAGAUUCAAACCCAGAUACACAGUUCUGCGAGGCGGAAGCACUAAUUCGAACUUGCAGUUUUAUGGCAGCAGCUGGAGCACUGAAGAAGAAGGUAACUCUAAUAACAUUUCUAGAGUUCAGCAGCUUUUGUGCAGCUUCGUCUUCUCCCAUGGGUCUGCCCAGGGUGGUGGGAACGGGAAGAAGUCACUGGGAAUGGCUUUGUUUCCUCCUAUCCCCAAGUCUGUGAGACCAUCUGAUGGGGCUCCUGACAGCACUGCAUUGUGUCUCCCAAGCUCUCAGCACCUGGAUUUCCAAGAGGCCUGGGAGAUGAGGGCAAGAUCAGGCAGAAGAAGUGAAGAGAAGACCCAUACAUCUGCAGGCAGAUCUGCUCAUCUGUUUUCAGUCUCUGCAGGCUUUGACCCACUGCCUGACAUUGGGACAGAUACCAUUUUCCCCAGCAUAAGCCAAGCAGGCAGAGAGCGCGCUGGUACUGCCUUGAGGCAGCGUGUUGAGAGGCUGUCAUUGCCCAGCAUCCCCGUCAUCGGUCAGAACGGCAGGCUUCCGCGCAAAUCCUCAGCAAACUCACUGCUGGUCAUUGCUGCAGGCAUCCCAGAGAGGGGAGAGGAGCCAGAGUGGGAGGACACCCAGGAAGCCAGAGCCUUCCCUCACCCACAGCAGGAGCUGCUCAACGCGCUCACAUGGCUCGGCAGCAAUGACUGGGAGCAGAAGACAAAGGGACUCUUCAAUGUCAGAUGCCUGGCUGCCUACCACUCGGAAGUCCUUCUUUGUAGACUUCAUGAUGUUUCCUUGGCAGUUACCAAAGAAGUGAACAACCCCCGCUCGAAGGUGUCUGGCUCGGCAAUCAGGACGCUUGGAGAGCUCUUCAGAACCAUGAAAGAGUGCAUGGACCACGAGGUGGAUGGGGUUGCUCAGGUCUUGCUCCAGAGGAUGGGGCACUCCAACGAAUUCAUUCAGAAAGCAACUGACACAUCCCUGGAGAUCAUGGUGGGGAGCGUGACUCCUCCACGAGCAAUGACUGCUCUCAUGGCUAGUGGAAUCCAGCACCGCAACGUCCUGGUGCGGAAGUGUGCAACCAAACACCUACUGACUGUGGUGGAGCAACUCAGAGCCAAGAAGGUCAUGAAAAGCACACGUGUCAAUGCCAGCCUGCUGGUGAGCGUGCUGGUGCAGCUUGCUCAGGACUGUCAUCAGGACACAAGAUGUUAUGCACUGAAGAUGCUGAGUAUAUUGAGUAGUCAUCGCAAGUUUGAUAAGUAUCUGAAACAGUCUGUCCCCUCAAAUGGCUUGGCAGAUAUUAUGGCGAAAAUUAAGCAGAAAGGUAUUGAAGACCAUAAAUGUGAACCUCUAUCUGUCAAGAGCUCUGGGAAGGCUAGGAACAGUGGCUUGAUGUUGCCCCAGGACGAGCUACAUUCUGAUGGAAGAUCUGGCUCUGAUGGACGCAUGUUACCCCGUCGGACAGAACACUGCCGGCCACUUCGGACUGUGGAAGAAGUUGAACAGCUUAGUGAGCUUUACAAGCUCCUGACAGCCAACGAGUUUCAGAGACGAAUGGAGGGAGUGGAGCUCCUCCUGGAUCACUGCAGAAGCAGCCCCCGGCUCAUCUCCACUAACAUUGUCCAAAUAUUUGAUGUUUUUGUCCUGAGACUUCAGGAUUGCAACAAGAAAGUAAGCCAGCGGGCGCUGGAGGCACUGGCUUUGAUGACACCCGUGCUCAAAGGUGCCUUAUAUGCAGUGCUGGUCGCUCUGGUAGCAGCAGUCACCGACAACCUGAACUCAAAGCACAUGGGGAUUUAUUCUGCAGCUGUGAAAGCUCUGGAAGCAUCCAUUGCUUACCUGGAUAAUUCAUUGCUGCUGCAAGAACUUGCCAGCCGAGUGCGUUUCCUCAGAGGCCAAGCUCUGCAGAUCAUCGCAGAAUCUCUCUCAGUGCUUGUGUCAUCUGUUUAUCCUUGGAAACCCCAAGCCAUCCAUCGCUGUGCCCUGCCCACACUCUGGUUCUUCCUGGGAAACAGGACCCUGCCUCUCAGAGGCGGCAAUAUUGGGACUGCGGUCAUCAGGCUUGCAAAGACCCUUUACAAAGUGAUGGGCUCCAAGCUGAAGGAGCUUGCCAAAAGCCAGACUCAGCACGUGGCACAGAAUCUCUGGAGCAUUUUGGACCUGACAGAUGAAGGCUUGGUGUGCUCCAGGAAGCAGAUGGAGAGGUGA